GAGCCACUUCCGGUUCCGUCGCGGGCAGUUUGAAGGUGAUGGCGGGCUUGUUGUAUCCGUUGUCAGGGGGUGCGGUUGGGCUGGAUUCGUCUUUGUCGAUGUUAGAGGCGACCAUCCCGCGGGAGGCGUUGCCGGUGGAGCGACCGCGAGCGAACGGGAAGGAGGAGGAAGAGGAAAACGACGAGAACCUGCCCAUGGUGUUCCUGUGCGGCGGCUGCAAGAGGCCCGUGGGCGACACGCUGAGCUGGGUGGCCAACGACGAGGAGACGGAGUGCAUCCUCCUGCGCAGUGCCUCCAGCAACGUGUCGGUGGACAAGGAGCAGAAGCUGUCCAAGAGGCCUGGAGAGUGUGGAUGCAUGGUUGAAACGUUUUUCUGCUCUGGCUGCUCAAUGACACUUGGCAGUAUCUACAGAUGCACCCCAAAACAUCUCGACUACAAGAGGGAUUUGUUUUGUUUCAGUGUUGGCGCAAUUGAAAGUUACAUUCUAGGAUCCUCAGAAAAGCAGGCUGUUACUGAUGAGGAGCCUUUAACUCUUGAAAGUCGAGCUGCCUUGGAAGAAGCACUAAAAAGGGCAAACACCAUACUAAAUGCUCUGGAGGCAAGACUGGCUACUGUUGAAUCAAGAAUUGAUUCUCUUCACAGUAACGCUUGAAAGCAAAUUCUGUGUGUAAAAUAACUGCUGGAGAUUGACGUAUGUGGAACUCUGGAAUCUGUGGGAAUAUUUUCAAAGCUGCACGAAGAUCUGAAAAAUGUGGGCGGUUUGUGCUGCAGCAGGACAAUGCCAGCUACUGAGUCUUUGUCACAGAUGUGGAGUUCCCCUUUUGUCUUAAAAGAAUACCCUGGGAAGAAAAAGACUUCUUAAAAAGCAAUGUUUCUGUAGACUUCUUGUUUAUAUAUAAAUAUUUAAUUUUUUUUUUUAAACCUUGGAAAGCAAAGGUCUUAUCUCCUGGUUGUCCUGCAGUUUAAUAUCUGCUGAACCGAGUUUGUAUCUCUUUCCUAAAGCAAUUGGGGAAAAAAAAAACAAAACAAAAAAAACACCCCACCCCAUGACUUCUGUUGAGGGAGCAAAAUAUGUCACUUUCUUGUCCCCACAGCUGUUAUUUGAGCUGUCUUGGACAGAAAUGACACAGCAACUUUUUUUUUUUUUUUGCAAGCUCAAGGCAAAAAUGAAAUAACUGUAAAGAAGGCUUCAAAAGCAUCAGCUACAAUGGCUUUCUGUGCGAUAUUGAGAGUCAUGUGUGUAACAGCUUCAAAAAAGAGAAUAAACAAAGCUAGUAGCAGCACACCUUUUAAUCAAAAUUAGGUGCAUAUUUGAACAAAAAGAAUUCAGUGCUACUUAGGAAACUUCUGUCAAUGUUUUGUUGUUAACAUGUAGAUCUUUCUGUUAGGGUUUUACUAUAUGUUUGUCUUCCAAGCAUUGUGUUUGUUUGUUUGUUUUUCCCAAUAAAUCAAAGCAAGAGCUAAUUGGGUAAGGGAAAAAUCUUUUUGAUUUCUAUUUAGUUACAUUCCAUUGCCCAGUGCUAUUUAAUUGUAUUACUACUAAUUUUUAACUAGUCUCCAGAAAGUUGGAAUGAAUUUUCCCACUGUUCUUCCUACUGGUAAUGACCAUUUCUCUUGGGAGCUCUCUUAUUUUCCCCUGCACCCUCCCCACCCCCUCUUCUUUAUCUACCAUUUUGUUUUAAAGUAGCAUGCAGUUUGGCCCGUUGUAGUUGUCUUGUAGUCUUUCACGUUCAAGCAACUAAAACAUUUAUAUGCAUGCCUGCUGAGGUAUUAUUCUAAGCUCUGAUUGUUCCAGUCAAAUCACUCAGUGUCUUUUUUGAGGCAAUGUCAUCUCUAGCAAGAUUUUUUGCUCAUAAGUUGCACAGCAGACUCUGGAUAUCUGAAGAGAACCAUAAACUUUUCUGUCCUCUAAUUGGUUGUCAACCUUGACGUGGUUUCCAAAUAGGCCCUUGUGUUUAAUUACAUUAAACGUACAUGUAACAAUUUUAAUUCUACCCUAGAUUCAGAAAGCCAAGUUUACUGGCCUCAAGUAGCAUCUGUAGACGUGUUCCUCCAUUAAAUAUUUGGAGGGCAGCUAAUUGUAGUUCAGAGCUAUUCCUUAAAUAGGUUCAUCACCUGAGUUCCUUCAGUGACUUUAGGGGAUGGGUGCUAAUACUCUAUGUUGCUACUGUGUGUAGCAGGAUUAAAAUGUGUCUGUAAGCAAGCAUUACAAAUAAGAGAUGGUUGCUUAUCUUAUGGUAAGCACAUACAUUUCAUAGCCGUCCAUCUUAUUUAGCUAAUAAGAAAAAACACCUGCUGGUGAAGGAAUUGGAAAAGUAAAAUGCCAUCAGUGUGUCCCUCCAAUUGCAGGCAGAAGUGACCAUAUAGCCCAGAUUAGUUUCUGCUGUGGAGCACAGGUAACACGGUUUUUAGAUGUUUUGAAUAACAGUAAACUAAGAUGAGAUAUAGUUUUCCAUCUUUUAUAAACUACCUGCCUUUGGCUACACUGUAUAUUUAGUGUCUUUCAGCAUACUGUAGGUGGGAGCUCUAGCACUUUAGCACAUAGACUCUUAAAAUAGGUCUAUGCUCUCAAGAGUUGCAAGCUGCCACUUUCCUAAGGUGUGCAAAGAACAGGCUAAAUUUGGAAUAAAUUUCAUACAAAGAGCUGUGUACAUCCGCAUGGGGAAAUGUGCGUGUUUGGGCGUGUAUAUAAAAUAAUCUUUAUUUUUGUAGUAGAGUUCAAUUAGGAGCUGUUAUCUGGAGUGCUUAACUGGGUGAGGAUAAUAUAAUGCAGAUUGCUUGCUUUGUUUAAAUAUAGAAACGUCUGUUGUGAUACGUUUGAAUAGUUGUUAAUAAAAACUGUAGUUGUUCCCUAAACAACUAGAGUUAGUAAUAAAGUUCUAAUGUGCCGACAUGACAUACAGGCAUACAGUCAUAUGUAAAAGGUAUUGUUUCUUGCUUAAUAAGCAGUCUCCGUUACUGGUGGUAGUUCCUUCUAUGCCCAGUUUCAACCUUUGAAUACAGGGUAGUUUAACUCUGGGGGUUCUGUAUGCUCUGUGGUACAUUUACUUAUCCCAGGCACCUUGCACACUAUGCAAUGGGGGAGAAUGUUCUGCUUUGUUUAGUGAUAACUUUUACCCUGUAUGCAGUUAAUAUUUAGUGCAUGUACAGCAGUACUUCAUAGCUCUCUAUGUGCUCUUAAGCGAGGGAAAGUGAUACAAAAUGCAUGUCUUCUGGAGGUUAAAAACUGAGGUUUCAAUAUCCCCAAUUCAAACUUUGAGACGUGUUUUGUAAUUUGGAAAUAAAAAGAGUAACAAGUAAA